AUGCACGUAGAUCAACGAAAACAAUACACGCGAAAAGAUCUGGAUCAGGACGAGGAGUUCUGGCUACAGCAGGAUUCUUUAGCCAUAGAUCUCCGGCAGAUGCCACCUACGCGACGGAAUUUCCUGCCAGACGAGAUGUCUAAUAGCUCAUCACAGGCGUCUUCAACGGUGAUACAUGCUGGCUACCAGGGGGAAGCAAAGCGUACCGUUGAAGAUCUGAAACAAGCAGUUUCUGGUACCUUGAAUACAGACCAAAUGUUUGCGGAUACAUUGAAGGCCUUGCAGAAUGAGUGUGGCGACUUGAGCGACGAUGCGGAAGAGGUGGCAGAAGCCGGAGAGAACCCGCCUGAAGAGGAUAACUAUAAUGAUUAUAUGGAGGGAAUGUUGCCAUCGCCACCUUCUUCUCCUCCACGAGAACUUGACCCUGACAGGUUAUACGCACUAUACGACUUUAGCGGACCUGAUCCAUCGCACCUGGAACUGUCAAAAGAUGACUCUGUGCUUCUGCUUGAUGAUUCCGACAGCUACUGGUGGUUGGUGAAACGAAGUUCUACCAAUCAAGUUGGAUUUGCGCCCGCGGAAGUGUUGGAGACGUUUGAGGAGCGUCUUGCAAGGCUGAAUUGCUGGAAAAAUGAGGUCAUUGAAAGACAGGAUACGACGUGCCUGUCGGUUGACGAUUUGAAAGAAUUUGAACUGAACUCGCAAAAGGUUUACUCUGGCUCCAACUUGACACUAUACGAAAACCAAAAUGAUAGCAGCAAGAGUGAUAACUCACUACUGGGCCGCAAAAGCUCGCUCAAACGUAGUAAGUCGUCAAUGCGCAAAACUGUGUCCUUUGUUCCCGAGCUUCUUCCUGAGCUAAAAGAGAUUGACGACACGAAGUCAGAGCCUGGGAGCGAUACCCAGUCUCAGCCUGCUCCUUUGACAGUCAAUAAACGAGUUAGCAACUCGAAUUUCUUGGUGAAGAAUCUCGAUGACUACCAAGAGCAUCGCAGGUUUUCGUUCCAAGAAAAUAGUCAUGAUGAUGACGAUGACGACGAAACCAGCAUACCAUCAGUUGACUCUGGCUCCUACGAAGAGUCCAAUGAUGGCAAACAGUCGGAUCAAGAUGAGCGUACCGAGUCGGCUGCCUCCUGUUCACCUACUGCCUCGACGACAGAGGUUGAUAAUUCUAAUACUACAAUUGACGAGACCGCGCAGCCGACAACUAAGCAGUUCAGAACCCUCUCAUUCCAAGAGCAGCGAACACUUUUCUUGGAAAAGAAAGAUAGCAAACUAUCUCAGAGAGAGGCUUCCAAUGACUCUACAACAUCAAGCUUAUCGCAACGCAAAAACUUGUCAAGUGUCUCUUCCGAUUCCCUAACACCGCAAGCAUCCCAAACUGAUCUGCUUAGACUCAAAACAUUGCAUCCUGUGGCUGGUGAGCUGUUCAAUCCUCUUUUCGACCAACUGGAGGUGUUGGAAAAGAUGCUUAACGAUUUUAUAAUUACUGAUUGA